AUGGGUACCGUAUGUUCUGGUGAUAAAAGCAUUGGACUACGAUUGAGGGAUCUUCGAGUAAAAGAUGCAAUUCUACGAGCUGGCCAAUCAACGCGAAAUCAAUCAGAUCAUUUUUCUAAAAUUAUUACAAAUGAAUUCAGUCCACAAGGACUUCUCGAUGAUGAUUUUGAAACUGAAAUUGUUCAAGCCAUUACCGAUUGUAUGGUCUCGGUAGAUGUAACUUCACGUGUUGAACAGCAUGGAAUUGCUCAUGAGAUUCAUUGUUCAACAUCUGAAUCCUUUCAUCAUGUUAUAUUCUCGAAUACGUUAGAUAAAGAUGAAACUAAGACGAAUAAGAAAGUCUACAAAGAGGUGACAUACAAAGAUGUAAAGCAACAACUUUGUGAUCGAGUCAAUGAACGUAUUAAACCAUCAUUUGAAUUGCAAACUGCUGAUUUGGAGCCUACAUCUCGAGAAAUGGCGCGUUCAUUUAUUCAAGUAUUUAUUGAAAAUCUUGUCGAUGAAAGAAUUAAUCAUUGA